AGUGGGCCAUGAUCGCUCAUUCUCCGUGUACAGAAAUCGUGCGCGGUUGGUGGCGUGUCGGGGUGGCUCCAAGUUAGCCGGCAAAUAAGGUGUAAAAAUGGCAGAUUCAUUGGCACUUUUUACUUCCAUUGGACUGAGUGAGCAGAAAGCGAAGGAAACUCUGAAGAAUGAAGCGCUGAGUUCUGCCUUAAAGGACGCAAUUGUACAGGCCCAGAAUGUCCGUGGCGCAUCAGGGUUGGACAAAGCCAUGGGGACUUUGCUGUACAGUAUGGCAUCUCGCCUGAAAGACACCAAACGCCUGGCAUUUCUGUCAGACAGCAUCGCCCAGUCCAAAAUCUGCACCGAGUUGCAACUCGCAGCUGCACUGGAGUUUGUGAAGAGCCACCCCCAGGACCCCAUCAACCAAAAGGAGUUUGACGAAGCAUGUGGAGUGGGCGUGGUCAUCACACCAGAGCAGAUUGAGGAUGCAGUGGAGAAGGUGAUCAAGAAGCACAAGGAACAGCUGUUAAAUGAGAGGUACCGCUUCAACAUGGGACUGCUAAUGGGAGAGGGACGUGCUGCUCUGAAAUGGGCAGAUGGAAAAGUCAUUAAAAAUGAGGUGGACAUGCAGGUCCUUCACCUCUUAGGACCCAAGACCGAGGCAGAUCUGGAGAAGAAACCUAAGCCCCUGAAAGUUAAGGCCACAGAGAAUGAGUCAAAGGUGAAGAAAGAUGAGGUGGCAGUGAAUGGUGAGGCGAUGACAGGGGAGGGAAUGUCACUGAUGGAGCAGCUCCGAGGAGAGGCAUUGAAGUUCCAUAAACCAGGAGAGAACUACAAAACUGAGGGCUAUGUGGUCACACCGAACACAAUGAACCUGCUCAAAAAGCAUCUGGAGAUCACUGGUGGACAGAUCCGAACUCGUUUUCCUCCUGAGCCCAAUGGUAUCCUUCACAUUGGACAUGCCAAAGCUAUCAACUUCAACUUUGGUUAUGCGAAGGCAAACAAUGGAAUUUGUUUCUUGAGGUAUGAUGACACGAAUCCAGAGAAAGAGGAGGAAAAGUACUUUACUGCUAUCAAAAACAUGGUGGAGUGGCUUGGCUACCAACCUUAUGCUGUGACGCACGCAUCAGACAACUUUCAGAAACUCUAUGAUCUUGCUGUGGAUCUAAUUCGCAGGGGUCAUGCCUACGUGUGCCACCAGAAGGGCGAGGAGCUGAAGGGCCACAACGUGCCUCCAUCCCCGUGGAGGGACAGACCUGUCGAGGAGUCUCUUGUGUUGUUUGAUAGGAUGAAGAAGGGCAUGUUUUCUGAGGGAGAGGUAACACUCAGGAUGAAGAUGGUGAUGGAGGAUGGGAAGAUGGACCCUGUAGCGUAUAGAAUCAAAUACACAUCUCAUCAUCGGACAGGAGAUGAAUGGUGCAUCUACCCAACAUACGACUACACCCACUGUCUGUGUGACUCUAUUGAAGAUAUCACACACUCACUCUGUACCAAAGAGUUCCAGGCCAGGCGGUCAUCCUAUUUCUGGCUGUGUAACGCUUUGGAUGUGUACUGCCCUGUUCAGUGGGAAUACGGCCGCCUGAACCUCACCUACACCGUUGUGUCCAAGAGGAAGAUCAUCAAACUGGUAGAGACUGGUGUUGUCAGAGACUGGGACGACCCCCGCCUCUUCACCUUGACUGCACUGAGGAGAAGAGGUUUUCCCCCUGAGGCCAUUAACAACUUUUGUGCCCGGGUUGGAGUCACUGUUUCCCAGACAACGAUGGAGCCCCAUCUCCUUGAGUCGUGUGUGAGGGACGUGCUGAAUGAAACAGCACCCAGAGCCAUGGCUGUGCUGGAACCUCUAAAAGUCACCAUAACCAACCUUUCUGAAAACUCAAAGGCAGAUGUACGGGUACCAAACUUUCCUGCCAAUGAGGCAAAGGGCUGUCACACCGUUCCAUUCUCAAAGACGAUAUUCAUUGAACAGAGUGACUUCAGAGAGGUGAUGGAGAAGGGCUACAAGCGUCUGACCCCAGAUCAACCUGUAGGUCUGAGACAUGCUGGAUAUGUCAUCUCUGUCCAGAAGGUCAUCAAGGACGCUCAGGGUAAUGUCGUGGAACUUGAGGUGACAUGCAGCAGCUCUGAGAGUGCAGAGAAACCAAAGGCCUUCAUCCACUGGGUCAGCAAGCCACUGGUGUGUGAAGUGCGUCUCUAUGAAAGACUGUUCCUGCACAAAAACCCAGAGGAUCCAUCCGAAGUGCCCAGUGGUUUCCUGAGCGACAUAAAUCCUCAUUCCCUGCAGACGAUCAGCAGUGCCUUAGUGGAUACCUCAGUCAAAGGAGCGAAGGUAUUCGACAAAUUCCAGUUUGAGAGAGUUGGCUACUUCUCCCUGGAUCCUGACAGCACUUCAGAGAAGCUUGUCUUCAACAGAACGGUUACCCUCAAAGAAGACCCUGGGAAAAUCUAAUUAACUGAGAUCAAGCCACACUUCUACUUCCCAUGAGCCCACAGAUACAUGUCCAAAUUGUCACUUAAUGUGUAAUUCUAGCAAGUACACAGACAACUAAAUUGAGAUUGAGUUGGAUCCGAUAUCGUAAUACUUACAUUUUGUUUGGAUUGGUCAUUUUGAAAUAAAUAAUAAAGAUUGUGUAAUUUUUUUUAAGUAUCACUCUCAGUCUCAGGGUUGGUCAAGUGUCAGAGUCUUUAUUAUUUUAAUGCUCUACAUUAACCUACAGUUUUCUUCUUUGUUGAAUGUAUGCAACUUUGGAUUUAUUUGUUCAACAAGCUGAUGGUACACAGAAGAGAUGCUUUCAAAUGCCACACAUGAGUUUCUUACACAGGUGGUGAGUAACUGCCAAACCACCAGAGGGGUUAUCAUCUGUCCCUUUGACAGGAGAUGAGAAUAAAUCAAAUAAAAAACA